AACCCACCAACCAAGCCACCACGAGUGAAAAAAGGUGCGAGUCACAGUAAAACUGAGUUCAAAGUCAUCGAACCCCGUAGAACUCUCGGAAAAGCACUUUCUCGCCCCUUUCGUACCUGCCAAACAACCACCUAUUCCCAUGGCCACACCUCAGAUCUUCUCCUCUUUCAAGUACUCCGACAGCCUCACCGUCGUGGCCAUUUCGUUCUGCACUGCCAUAAUCUGCGAGGCUAUCUCCUGGCUCCUCAUCUAUCGCACCAACUCCUACAAGUCCCUCCGUUCUUCAAUUGACAAGGCUGCCAAGAAGCUGGAGACGAUGAAAACCGAAUCCUCCGCCAAGAUCGCCAAGAAAUCUAAGACUAAAAAGAUGGACCGCGUCGAGACCAGUCUCAAGGAGUCGAGCCGCGACCUCUCCCUCUUCAAGUUCAAGUCCGGCGCCGUCGUCGCCCUUGUCCUCUUCGUCGUCUUCGGUCUUCUUAACUCACUCUUCGAAGGCAAGGUGGUUGCCAAAUUACCAUUCAGUCCCGUCAGGAUCGUUAUGAAGAUGAGCCACAGGGGUCUACAAGGUGACGAUCCAACCGAUUGUUCCAUGGCCUUCUUGUACUUCCUCUGCUCGAUUAGUAUUCGUACCAAUCUGCAAAAGUUCUUAGGGUUUUCACCACCACGCGGCGCCAGCUCCGGCCUCUUCCCCAUGCCAGAUCCCAAAACCAAUUGAUCUGGUUCACUGCGCUACUCUUCUUCUUCCUUUUUUUUUUUUGUUUUAAAUUCAAAUUAUGAUUGUUAUGUUCUAGAUCAUACGGAGCUGACCGUUGUUCUAAUUUUAAGCUUCCUGAAAGUAUAAUUGUCUGACUCUCUAAUGAGAAGUAGGAUCGAUAUGAAUGGUAAUUGAGGUGAAUUUGAAUUGGUUGAGCUUUUCAA